CCCCCAAACCAGAAUUCAAAAAACAAAAAGUCCCCCAAACCACCACGGCAGGACACCAAAACCUCCGUCCUCAAUCAAACCAACUGCGCUCCCUGAUUUCUACAAUUUUCAUGGCGGCGGCGGCUGUCAGUCGGCCCAGCGGGCCGGUCCCCUCGAUUCCCAACUAUGGCUGCGCCUCCCCCAACCGCGUCAAGCUCGCCGCCACCGUCGGCGCCCGCUCGCCGGGCAAGGCCGUCAGUGUGUCCUCGCGGAAGCAGGCAUCGUCCGCCGCCGCGAACAGCCGCCAGUCGUGUAUGUGCUCCCCUACAAACCACCCCGGCUCCUUCCGCUGCAGCAAGCACAAGGGGCGCAAGGAGUCCGCGCCCGGCCACAGCAAGCCCGCCUUCCUCAGCAGCAGCGGCUCCAAGCUGGGGACGAAGCGCAUGGACAGUGCUCUGGUGUUUGGCUGCGCCGUGGAGAGCGGGACGUGGGCGCGCAGGGCGCUCGCGCCGUCGCCGUCCCAGCAGUCGCAGAGUCGGAGGCGCACUGCCGGCGGGUUCCGUCCCCGGCCCAGCCGCCUCUCCUCCGUCUCCUUCGCCGGGGACCGCGCCGGCGACAACCGGCAGUGAACAGACCAAUCAACUCCGUCGAAUUGCCAUAGCAUAGGAAACAAUUGGGGAGAAAGUUCCCGAAUAAUUCAUCGGGAUCUUCUUGCCGCUGUAAGUAAUUAGCCGGUGGAAACUGGAGUUUUAGAUCCAGCCAUUCCGUCCCUGUAGACAGUAGAGUUCGUCAUCCUCUCCGAUCCGAUGUGUGUAAGCCUGUAAGGUCCUUGGUAUUUUUGGAGUUAGAAACGGAGACAUUUGGAUA